GAGUCGCGGGCGACACCUAGUUCUCUGUAAAAUACAGAGACAACAAUUGUAUCAAUAAUACAGGAUCACAGUCGUUAUAGUCAAAACUCAAACCCAGUGACAUGACAGCUAACCCUGAUCCCUGACCAAUGCUAUCAUCGGCACUUGACAGGAAUGAAAUGAAUGGUUUAUUUAUUUAUUUUGGUUUUUGGGGCAUUGCAUUGGUGUCGAUGGUUAUGUUUUAAUAAUUUUCUCGCAUUAAUGAUAUUUUUGUAAGUGUAAAUAUGACUGAAAAGGAUUAUGCACCUCUAAGCUCGGCAUGUGUCCGUGGUUUAUGUGAUAAACUAUACGAAAAACGAAAAUUUGCAGGCGUCGAAAUAGAAAAAAUGGUAAAAGAUUUUAAUGAUGCCAACAACUCGAGUCAGAUAAAGAAGCUAAUCAGAGUGUUGGGUCAAGACCUGAUGUCAUCCACUAACCCUAAUGUGAAGAAUGGAGCUUUGAUGGGCUUGUCCUCAGUUGCCGUAGGGUUAGGGAAGGGAUGUGUGGCACACUUGAGCGAGCUGCUGCACCCGAUGGCGGCGUGUGUGCGCGAGGGCGAGUCGCGGGUGCGCUACUUGGCGGCGGAGGCGCUCUUCAACGUGCUGAAGAUAGCGCGCGGCGCCGCUCUGCCGCACUUCCCGCUCGUGUUCGACGCCCUGGCGCGCCUCGCCGCCGACCCCGAGCCCCAGGUGCGCCAGGGCGCCGAGCUGCUCGAUAGACUUGUUAAGGACAUAGUGACGGAGAGCGGGGAGUUGGAGGUGAGCGCGCUGGUGCCGCUGCUGCGCGAGCGGCUGUACGCGCGCGGGGCGUGCGCCCGCCAGUUCGCGGCCGGCUGGGUGGCGGCGCUGGACGCGCUCCCCGCACUGCCGCUGUUGCCGCACCUGCGCGACCUCCUCGACCCGCUGCUGCACAUGCUGGACGAGCCGCACCCCGAGAUCCGCCGCAUGUGCGAGGUGCAGCUGAACGAGUUUCUGAGAAGUAUCAAGAAGGACCCCUCGCAGGUGGACUUCCAGGCUAUGAUCAAUAUAUUGAUCACGCAUGCGCAGUCUCCCGAAGAGCUGGUGCAGCUGACCGCCAUCAGCUGGAUCAAGGAGUUCGUGGAGCUGGCGGGGCGCGGCAUGCUGCCCUACGCCUCGGGCGUGCUCUGCGCCGCGCUGCCCUGUCUCGCCUACGCCGACGACGCCAGGAGGAACAUACGGGAAACCGCGGCGACGGUUAACUUCUUGCUGACGAAGCUGGUGGCGGAUCCGGGGGAGAGCGAGGGGGAGGGGGAGGGGGAGGAGCGGCUGCAGCUGGAGGCGCUGGUGCGCGUGCUGACGCAGCUGCUGCGCCACAGCUCCGUGCACACCAAGGUGGCCGCCCUCGACUGGAUCCUGCAUCUCUACAACACCUUGCCCGCUCAGAUGCCGAGCCAUACGGAGGCGGUGUUCGGCGCCGUCGUGGCCAGCCUCACCGACCCCGCUGACGACGUCGUGCGCCGCGCCCUGGCCGUGCUCGCCGAGAUCUGCUCCUGCCCCGCACGCCCCGCCCGCACCGGCGACUUGGAGUCCAGCCCCUACUACUACAAGUUCCUGCGCGCGCUGCUGCGACUGCUGGCCGCCGACGACGGUCUGCUGGAGGACCGCGGAGCCUUCAUCAUCAGUGUACAGGCAGCUGUGCGUGCUGCUGAACGCGGAGGACAUAUACAAGGCGCUGGCCAGCAUCCUGGUGGAGGAGACCAAUCUGCGGUUCGCCGCCACCAUGGUGGACGUGCUGAGCACCAUGCUGCUCACCGCCGCCGAGCUGCACCACCUGCGCCUGCAGCUGCGCCGCAUGGACCAGCCGGGCUCGGCGGAGCUGCUGCGAUGUCUGUACCGGUGCUGGUGCCACAGCCCCGUGGCGCUGCUGGCGCUGUGUCUGCUCACCCACCACUACGCGCACUGCAACGCGCUCAUCGCCACAUUCGGGGACCUGGACAUCACGGUGGACUUCCUCACGGAGGUGGACAAGCUGGUGCAGCUCAUCGAGUCUCCGAUAUUCGCCUAUCUGCGCCUGGAGCUGCUGGGCGGGCCGCAGAGCUCUGCGCUGCGCGGCGCACUCUUCGGUCUCCUGAUGCUGCUGCCCCAGAGCGACGCCUUCCACGCGCUGCGACACCGCCUGCACUGCGCGCCGCUGCAGCCCUGCCUCGUGCGCACGGAGAGCGCCACCAGCACCAGCAACGAGAUCGACUUGGAGCCGCUGCUGGCGGAGUUCCAGCGCGUGCAGGAGGCGCAUCGCCGGUACCGCCUGCUGGAGCGCGCUCGCCCCGCCCCCGCCCCCGCCCCCGCCCCCACACUGCGCUAGCGCACGACGAGCGACACAAGUGAAAGUUGGCUGCAAGUGAAGUGUGCGGCUCCAGCACCUCGCCGCUAGCGUCAGCGCGCCGGCAACAUGGCGCC